UGUCCAUGGCACGCCGUACCGUUGAAUAUUUAUUUCGGCAGCCCAGCAGCUAAGGUAGUUGUUUCGUUGGGCUGAGACCUCCCACGCUAUGUUGGGCCGUGUGUGCCAUACGCGGGCCUCUUCGUGACAUCCAAUGCGGUUCCCCUCCCCUCCUACAGUCCCACAGCAGACAGCACCACCGGAUAAGGCAGGCAACCGCUGCCCGCUCACGUCUGGCGUCUGGGAGCCUCCGAUUCUGAGAGCAGCCCAUGGCGCGGGGCGCCCACGUCGUCCGAGCACUCUCCCAGCCACCUCGUUUUGUCCGAGCCAGCAGCUGCGCCAGGCCGGUGCCGGGAGCCUCGCGGCGGCGGCGGCGGGGCCGGCUCAUGGUGGUGCGGGCCGGUGGGCCGCCCAGCACCAACGCGCUCAUCCUCGCCUUCGUGCUUCCGCUCUCCCUCUUCGUCGGCACGCUCGUCACCGCCGCCCGCGUCGCCGACGACCUCGACGACCGCUUCCUGAGGGAGAUGGAGAUAAACCGAGCGAUACUGGAAGAGAACGAGGCGUCCGACGAGGACGGUGCCGGUGAGGAAGACGACGAUGGGGAGGAGGAAGAGGGGGUCGACCUGCCGGUGGUGGUGGAGGAGGAGCCCGCCGUUGUCGGUCCACGCACCAGGAACAGGCCGAGAAGACGAGUGUUCUCUUCUCAAUAGUGUUGGUUCUGAUUUACAGGUAAUUAAUAUAAACAAGGGAAUACGUCAUCAUCUGUGUAGCCGGCACUCCUGCCACGUGCGAUGCAAUUAAUGCAGGCGGUAUAUUUUGCUAGGAUUAUGUGCACCAAAGGUUCGUGACGACGUAGUGUUUUGAAUUCUUGUAAGGCUCCUCUUCAAAGCCCACGCCGAAGCACAUCUGAGUACUUCAAAUUUAAUGUAUAUCCAUAUGAGCAAUCUAACGAGUUCAAGAAUUUUAAUUUA